AUAAAUUAUAUAACAUUAAAAAUAAAAUAAAUAAACAUGUAUUAUAAAAUACUCUUGCUUAUUAAAGAUAGUGUUGAUAAGUUUAUACUCAUAAAAAAAAUAUCAACAAUUCUAUACUCUAUAUAGUUCUCUUUUCGAGUCAUUACAAACUCAAUAAUGUCAUUUUUCUUGAUAUUCUUCUUAUUCUUUACUUUGGGAUUAUUGCACGAGAGCCUCCUUUCUCUAACUGAACUUGUGAAUGUCAAUGAUGGCUUUGGGAGGUGCACACUGAGGAUGGCUAGAGGUGGGGUUUGGGUUGGUAACAGUGGGAAGGACUAUAUAAUUAAUUCCAACACAAUAAAUAUCCCCAAUUUAAUCAUCAUAAGGAUUUCAAAAAAUAUGACUUACUAUUAUGGGCAUUUAUGACACUUGAUAUACCAACAUAUAUUAAAAAUAAAUAUAUAAGCACAUCAAGUCCGAUAAUCACCAACAUAAAAUAAGUAUACUUAUUAUUGAACAUCAUAGGCAGAUAAAAAAAUUCAAAGUAACAAUGAAAUAAAUCCCCAAACUAACUAACAAACUAAAAUUCAGAUUUUAGACACAAAAAAUGACAUAAGAGUCUACCAUAGUUUACCAAAAAAAUAGAGCAACAAAGACAUAACUACAUUCAAUGCUCAACUAUUAAAAAAAAAUCAUCCUUAGUCAAUUUCAUUAUCCAAAGUCCCUAAGCAACCAAAUAACUAAAUAUAAAAAACAAAUAUCAGAAACAAAGUACCCAAGUCAUUACAAACUUGAUUAACAUUGAAAAUAAAGCGUCAUUAACAUAUCAUAAAAAUUAUAAUAAAAUUAAAAAUCUUAAAUCAAGUUAACAAACUUAGUAGACCAAUAUAAAAAAUAUAGAAAAUAAAUAACAUAACUAAAACUCACUACCAAAUAACAACAAAACAGAGAUAUAUAUAAGAGAAAGUGUAAAAAUUCGCCAUCAUCAAUUCUUCAUAUUACAAAAGACAUAAAUUCACAAAACAGAUUUUAAAUAUCUUGAAAGAAAAAAAAAACUAGAAAUUUGAAUCCUAUACUAACAUAGCAUCACAAUUACAGAGGCAAAAUAAAGACUAAACCCAACCUAGAAACAUAUAGGUCUACAACACUGGAGAGAUCUUUAUAUAUUUUAGAUUGUUCAACAAUGAAAAAAAUAAAGCUUCAAAACAAUGAAACAAACCUCCAGAACAAUAAAACACAACUUAAUCCUUAGAACAACAAUGAAAACAUAGCUCAAAGCCUCAGAAGUCAGAACAAUGAAACACAUAAAUCGUCAAAAUAGAAAUGCAUCAAAGUCAUAAAUUUGAUCCCUAUAAAUCCCACAAAUUUAAAUUCGGAUAAAAUGAAUCCAACAAAAACAUGUAUAUGUUAAAAUCAAUUAAUCUGAAAAAUGAAUCACAAAAAUAAAAUAUAAAUCUAACAUUAAAACACAAACAUAUCGUAAAGCUAAAUACACAUAACAUGAUCAUAAAGAAAAACAGCACAAGCAACCUCAAAACAAUGACUCAUCAUAAACCCUUCAGAUUAUUGGGGAUUUCAUCUGCAUUAUCAUAGAUAUUACCUCAAACAACCAGCCAACCAAUCUGAAAAAUCUCAAACCCACCAAGGCCACAAAUCCAAAAAUCUGAAAGCCACAAGCCGAAACUCAUAUUAAAACUCAGAUUUACAUAUUCAAACUUAACCAAAAUAAACCAUAAUUAGGUUUGAAAACCAAGCAACGAAUACAAAAACCUCAAAGCCACCAGCCAACCAAUUUGAAAACCUCAAACUUGUUCCAAAGUUGCACCUUAAUCGCUGCAAUCCAAAGCCAUAACCUAGCCAUUGCAAUCCAAAGCCAGGCCCGAGCUCCCUGCUUCCAAAAAAAAAAACAAAAGAUGCAAUGUAAUAAACACAUAUAGACAUAUACUCAAAACCACACAAUAAUUAAAAUUGGAUGAAUAUAUUGAAUUAAUUUAUUUAAGUGUAUAUAAUAAUUAUAUGUAUUUGAGAAAUAAUAGUGACGACUAAAACGAAAAGGCGCGACAUCAACAAAGGGUUUUCAACUCGAGAAGCUAGAGUUGCAUUAGGUAGACCACUACCACUGGAGAGGGAUGUUCGAGGGAAGACUUACAAAGAAAUUGGUGAUUAUUCCAAACAUUUCUCUAGAGAGAUCGACAUUCUCAUUCGACAAUAUGCCGAUCCCAACUACGACCGAUGGGAUAAAUUACCCAGCGAAGUUAGGGAUCGCAUACUUCCUCAUCUAGAGGAUGAUUUAUUCGACAUUGGUCGAAGUCGAUAUGCCUCAGAGAACCUCCCCGACAUUCUUUUGGGAAUUCAACGGUCGUGCGCUGAUCGUUACUCGGAGUGGAAGAAUGACUUGUCCACUCAUUUAAAAAAGAAUGGUCGAGCACAUCAUCCUGAUGGUUUGGGCAUGGAGAAAUGGCAGAAGGCGCUCCAGUAUUUUGAUCGCCCUGAAGUGAAGAGGCGUUCUGAGAUUAACUCUGCGAACCGUGCAAAACAAAAACAGAGAAGCGUGCAGGGCUCACAGUCUACGCCAGCCCUUCGUUACAAGAAGCGUGAUUUAAAAACUGGGUGUCUUGUUGGGGUUCCAGAGAUUUGGAUGGCGACUAAGUACAUAGACGGGGAAGGUUGGGUGAGCAAGGCAGCAAAGGAUAACUAUGAAAAGAUGAUGGAGAUACGUGACACUCUGAAUUCACAAUCAUCUACGAGCGCUUCUGCUUCGAGUACUAUCCCGAGAGAAGAGGAUGACAUUAUUCUUGUUGAGACGAUCUUUGGACGUCGUCGAGGCUAUCAGCCAGGCCUUGGUCGUAGGAUUCGCACGAGGGAGAAUUGUGAAGCGGCUAAUGUACCUCAACCAGCCCAACCACCUCCUACCGCACAAGACAUGCAAGAGGUGAGGGUGCGACUCCGAGCCAUAGAGGAGCACUUGGCUAGGAUUGGUGGAGUCUCGGGAUCUCGAUCCUACAACACCUAG